AUGCUAAACACAGUACUUGACAAGGGGUGGUUUUGGAAACAAAGGCAAGAUUCUAUCGCGGAGGUAGUGAAAGAAUUAGGCCAUGGGUUACCGGACGACAGCCAUGAUGUCUCUCGAGGGAGCAUUAUUGGUGGAUGGCAACUCGCGGUGGCGUUUCCAAGCGAGGUUCACGUUGAGCUCUUGAGGAGUCAGUGGAUCCCCCAUCCAUUCGUUGCAUUCAACGAACACAAAGUUCAAUGGAUCGGCGAGGUAGAGUGGCUGUAUUAUUGCACCUUCAAGGGGCCAAGGCUAGAACUGGGGCAGUGCUCAGAAUUAAUAUUCGAAGGGCUUGACACUGUCUGCGAUGUCUAUUUGAAUCAAAGCAAAAUCAUAUCGGCGGAUAAUAUGUUUCGUACGUAUACUUAUUUGCUUGACGGUGAAGAACCGGCCACAUCCUCGCAACAAAACACCCUACUGCUGCACUUCAAGCCGGCCAAGAAGCUCGCUAAGGCAGAAGAGGAGAAGUAUGGCAAGGUGCGCGCCGGAUCGACCAAUCUGGGGGAUCCUAGCCGUGUAUAUUUACGGAAGGCCCAAUAUGACUGGCGAUGGGAUUGGGGCCCAGAGUUGAUGACUUGCGGACCAUAUAGAUCGAUCCGGAUCGAAACGUACCUCGCAAGGAUACAGGAAGUCCAACCAUGCAUCACAGUUCACUUCCCAGAGUCCUCUUCGAGUACGUUCGUUGCAAGAGUCGGCGUCAACGCGGUUGUGCAAGGCGAUUUCAAUAAGGACUACGCCAUCGUAGUGUCGCUGAACCACCUCAACGGUAGGACCAUUAGGACGGCAAGACAAGAAAUCCCCCACAAGACGGAGAAGCUGAAGAAAGUGUCUCUAAAGGGCAUAGUUGAUUGGAGCCUCAACGAUGAUAACAUACGACUUUGGUGGCCCGUGGGGUAUGGCACUCAAUCGCUCUAUAGUCUAGAGGUCGAUCUGGUUCUCCUCAAAACUGAUGAAGUCAUUCAUCAAAUCACAAAACGCAUAGGAUUUCGCUCGGUCUCACUCGUGCAAGAGCCGCUGAAGGAACCUGAUCAAUAUGGUACAGGCUCAACCUUUUUAUUCGAGAUCAACCGUGUUAGGAUGUUCAUGGGCGGGUCGAACUGGGUUCCCGCUGACAAUUUCCUCACAACUAUUACACCUGAACGGUACCGUGCAUGGCUGACCUUACUCGUUAAGGGGAAUCAGAAUAUGGUACGCUUAUGGGGAGGAGGUGUCUAUGAACCCGACGUCUUCUACGAUAUUUGUGAUGAACUUGGCAUUCUUGUUUGGCAAGACUUUCAGUUCGCCUGUGGAGUCUACCCGGCACACGAUGAAUUUGUGGAGAAUGUGCGAAAGGAAGCGGAGGAUAAUGUAAGACGGCUACGGCAUCAUCCGUCGAUCGCCUUGUUCUGCGGGAACAACGAAGACUAUCAGCAGGUUCUGCAGUGGGGCGGGAUCGACACCCUCCCAGCACGGAAGAUUUACGAGGAAGUAUUGCCUGCUGUUGUUUCUGGGCUCACUGAACCACCCAUACCGUAUCACCGUGGGUCUCCUUACGGAGGUAAAGGAUGGAACACCAGCGACCCCACUAUCGGAGAUGUACAUCAAUGGAAUAUCUGGGGAGGCAAGGAGCUGCCAUACCAAAGCUACGAUGAACUCGGAGGGCGUUUCGUUAGUGAGUUCGGCAUUCCAUCAAUGCCAAGCAUGAAGACCAUUGAAUCGUGGAUGGAGGGUGCCGCCGAAUCCGAUUGGCACCCACAGUCAAUAUGGAUGGCGCAACAUACCCGAGCGGGCAGCUUUGAGCGAAGAUUCGCCAUUCUCAUGAAUGAGAACUUCCGCAUGACGAGCGACUUCGAGACUUACCAAUACACUACACAGUUGAUGCAAUCAGAGGCGACGAGCUACGCCUAUCAGUCAUGGCGAAGGAAAUGGCGCGGAAAGGGCAAGGAAUACACGGCCGGCGCUUUGAUAUGGCAGCUCAACGACUGCUGGCCGGUAACAUCCUGGGCGAUAGUGGAUUACUACCUCAGACCAAAGCCAGCUUACUACACCAUCUCACGUCAGCUUGCAGAGGUGGCAGUCGGCAUAACAAGAACGGUCAUCCAGAAUCGCGACCACGACAGGCCUCGUCAGUUCUACGAGUUUGGGGCGAUACAAUCGCAUGGCGCCCGCAUUGACAUCUGGGGAAUGAACAGCUCAUUGCAGUUGAUUGAUGCUGAACUUGAACUAUAUUGUGUCGAUCUCAAUUCUGACUGGUUUCACAAGGAGACCCGUGGAGUACAUUUGCUUCCAAACCAAUCAACCGAACUCAUCUCCAUGCCGUGCCCCGGCCCCCCGAAGGCCAGCGCCCGUAAGGAUGCUGAUCCGUACAAAGUCCCCGAAUGGACCAGCACCAGCUCUGUUAUAGUCAGCGCCCGCCUUAUCAACCCAUCCACCGGGGAAGUUUUGGCGCGACACGCAGAUUGGCCUCAGCCUUUCAAAUACCUGCGAAUCCCCGAUCCUAAAAUAACGGUGAAGGUAGAUGCUGUGAAAGAGGAAUUACGUGUUAGCGUUGACAGACCCGCGAAGGGGGUCUUCUUCAACAUCGAUGGUGGAGGGACGGAAAGUCAAGAAUUUGGUGAUGGGAUCCUUUGGAGCGAUAACGCACUGGAUAUGAUGCCUGGCGAAAAUCGAAUCAUCAAAGUAAGUGGGUUGAGGAAUAGGCGUAUCUACGUGACAUAUCUGGGGAAGGAGAAACCCAGCCUGGUGCAAUGA